AUGCGGAGGAGCGCCGUUCCUCCGCCUUUCAUUUCUUCGAGAUACGCCAGUUUGAUACAAAUGUAACGUCAGUUGCUGUCUGGCCAUUUGGGAAAUUUUCAACAGCAACGUUCUAGUUUCGGACCAAAUAUUAGUACGAGAAACAAAAUUUAUUUCAAUUUGGCAAGAGGUAUCGUCACUUGAAAUUCGGAAAGACUUCACUUUUCAGACCCAACUAUUUUCUGAGAACCAACUUAUGCACUUCUUUUCUCAAUGGUUUCGAAAACAUAAUCAAAAACUUAUGGAAAUCCUGGACAAAAGCUUUGAAACCCACACCUGUCAGACAUGAAAGCAUCUGGAAGCACUAGGUUGAUCCAAUCCUACGGAUUUAAUUGAAUUAUUUUUGACUUUACUUUUUUAAUAAAUUGGAAUUUAGGUAGGUUUUUAGAAUCUCUGUAUUGCCUUUUUUGAUUUUGCAUAGGGAUCAUCCGAAAAGUAUUGCUCUGCUAGAACUUGACCCACUCCGACUGGAGGCAAGGUUUGGGGAAAAGUUUUGCACAACUGCAAAAAAGGAGCGUGAUACAUAGACAUAGGAAGUCCAUAAGUUCCCGUGACAUUUUCUUUCCAAUCCUCAGAUUUCAUUUGUUCGUACUCUGGUCCUUUAUGAAUUAUUCGUAUCCGAAAAUUAAUCAAGCAGUACCGCUUGGCCUGUUUCCGAUGAAUCGAAUCAGACUGCGAGUACCAUAAUCGAGGCCUUCUCUGAGGUCACCGACUCGGUGGAAGCGUGCAGCGAGCAAACACCGGCGCCCGAGGUGCUGGCGGCCGAAAUGCUCGCGAUGGCACCGCGAGGCACGCCGCAGGACACUCCGGCGCUCUCUUUUUCUGCCUCAGGGCCUCUCGCGCACAAGCGCCAUGUAGGGUGUGAGCUUGGAAAGCGUUCUCGCUCUUCGAAUUUUUCCGAAAAAUCGAAGAUACAGUUUUCGAUAAGAUCAAAGCUACUAUUUUCUCAAACUCCCUUAAAGUUGGGAAGUAUAAUGUGCUCGAUAGAACUAUUGUGAAUUCAUUCACAAAAUUUUUUAUUACUGGAACUGGGCUCAGAAAUUUACGAUAUCCUGAAUGCUAAUAUGAUUUCAAAACCCCAGCUUGAUAAGAUUUCUAGUUCACGAAAAAUAUCCUCCGAAGCUCGUUUCUUCUCAAAUAUUCUUAUUCCGCUUAAAAUUCGAGGCGCCAAAUUUUUAUUUCAUUACAAAUUUCGAAAAAAAUUUCAUGAACUCUCGUGUUAAUAAAAGUUCUAUCUUCAAUUUUUUUUUUCUGUUUUUACAGUGUCUUCUUUCCAUCAAUUAGAAAAAAUCUGAAUUAACCAAUAGAGUGAAUCCUUUAGUCAAAAAAACGAGGAUGAACCUCUGAAAACCCCAAAAUUAGUAGCUUCGCUAUUUUUUCCUUUUUGUUGUUACUCUAGGCUGUUCAAAAAAACCUUUUUUUCAUUUUUUUCAAAAAAAUCGCAAAGCGCAGAGGUAUUGAACGACUGAACUCAGAUUUCAUUUAGGUAAAAUCUUUCGCAGUUAUUCAGAAAAUAUCUGAACUUUAACCAAUCAAAACUAACAGUAUAAAAGAUUUUUUUGUAAUUAGUGAAAAAAAUAUUCAUAAUUUUUUUGAACUCAACUUUGUUAAAUUUUCUUUCAGGAAGAAAAAACCGUGCAAAAUGAAUUGAAAAUUUGACCUUUACAUGAAAAUAUUGGAGGCGUUUUCUCCGUUCCCUCAGUUCGAAAGUGCAUCUUUUGGAGAGAAGGAGAAAAUGAGGGAAAAGGAGGAAAUGGCCUCUUUUAUGCGUUUCGUCGGCAAAUCUCAAGAAAGUGCAGCGAAAAUUGAUGUAAACGGACUGUGUUGAAAAAAGUUUUCGAAAAAAGAUCUGAAGAAAUAAUUUAUUUGAAGAAAAUGUAGUCUCAGUGGGAACGCUAUUGGAAUAAGUUUCAAUGAAUAUUCAGAAGAAAUUUAAGAAUUUUCUGAAGGACCAUUAAACUUUGAAAAUGCUUCGAGACGGGAUAUUUUUUUUCGAGACUGAAACAUGCCAAGUUCUUGUUAAAUUUCGGAAAUACCUUUGGAUUUUCUUUUACAUCUCCAGUAUCUAAAUGGAUGAAAAAGCUUUUCAAGUUUUUUAACAACACUGGGCAGGUAUUUCACAGAUAGCAGCUCUUUUUCUCAACAAUUGAAAAAUUUUAUUUCUGAGAGUUCCCUAUUGGACUUGUACUUCGAAUGAUGUGCCUAAUUUUAAAACUCAUGAAAAAAGAUUGAGCAUUUGAGACUUUCCAGAAAAUGGUUGGAAAAAAACCAGAAGCGUCAUUUUCAGUUCCAACUCAAUACUCUCAAAAAAAAGAUGUAAACCGAUGGAAAUGGAAAAGAGAAUUGGGAAUUAAGUGAGCGGCAUGGGACGAUUUGCGGCAGGACAAGGUCACAAGCAUUGCGACGAUUGAGGUCAGCAAUUGGCGAGGGACAGUCUCUAGGUUCGGAGGAUGCGCGAUCCGAGUGUCUGCGUCGGCGAGCCCUCAGGCACCUCCCAAAGAGCAUUUGCACUUUGGCAAUGCAACAAGCGAACGCGGCACGCAACAUAUUCGGAGCUUGGCACCAACUGGAACCGCAACUCGCCGUCCGUCCGCCUCUUUAUCUCCUAUCGGCUUCCAGACUCCGUCCGAUGCACUUUCCGAACCGAUGCACUUUGCUGAGAACAAACGACUUCUGGAAAUCAAUUCGUUCAAGACAAAGAAAUCAGAAAUGCGACUCGCCUAG